AUGGUUGAGAUGAGAGAGCACAUCGUUCGAGAGAAGUGGAUCCAAAUCGAGAAGGCUAAGAUCUUGCGUGAGAAGGUCAAAUGGUGUUAUCGCGUCGAAGGUGUUAACCAUUACCAGAAAUGUCGUCAUCUUGUUCAGCAGUAUCUCGAUUCCACUCGCGGUGUUGGUUGGGGAAAAGACCAUCGUCCUAUCUCGCUUCACGGUGAGGCCCCAAGCCUGAGGCUGUUGAAGUUGAAGCUGAAUAAUGCUUUGCGCCUCAGCAAUCUGAGGUGA